CACUCACACACACUUCACGCGCAGUGCAGUGAAGGACGCGAGCUGAAGCUGAAGGAGUCUGCAGCGCGCGCAGUCACCGGGGUUCUCGGUUAAGGGGAUUCGGCGGAAGCGGAUUAACGGAUUUAAACCGGUCUAUAGACAGCUGUUAAUAAAGCAGUUCCGGUUCCGCUGGUGUAUGGCCGAGCGCCAUGGCCGCGCUGUUCGAGUGCAGGGUCCAGUUCUUGGACGACACUGACCCGUUCAACAGCACCAACUUCCCGGAGCCCGCGCGCCCGCCGCGGUACGCCUUCCGCCGGGACACGCCGCUGGGAGACCAGCUCGCCGCCGUGCACGCGCUCCUGCGCCCGCCGCACAAGUUAGAUGACUGUGCUCUUCAGCUCUCCCACAACGGCACAUAUUUGGACUUGGAAUCAUCUCUUGAUGAACAGAUUGAUGAACUUGAGGGGUUCGAGCAGGAUGACUGUGGAGUGAAGGGAAAGAAACACAGUAUUAUCCUGAGGACUCAGCUGAGUGUGCGUGUUCAUGCCUGUAUCGAGAAGCUGUAUAACUGUAAUGGCAGAGACCUCAGGAGGGCUUUAUUUUCUCUCAAACAGAUAUUUCAGGACGAUAAGGACCUGGUCCAUGCAUUUGUGAUGGCGGGGGGACUCACGUGUCUGAUUAAAGUCGGAGCCGACGCCGACCAGAACUACCAAAACUACAUCCUGCGAGCUUUAGGUCAGAUCAUGCUCUAUGUGGAUGGCAUGAAUGGGGUCAUAGGUCAUCGGGAGACCAUCCAGUGGCUCUACACUCUGAUUGGCUCAAAGUUUCGUCUAGUAGUCAAGACAGCCCUGAAGCUCCUGCUGGUGUUUGUGGAAUAUUCAGAGUCCAACGCCACGCUGCUCAUUCAAGCCAUCAAUGCUGUCGAUGCAAAGAGAGGACGGAAACAGUGGUCCAAUGCCAUGGAGAUAUUAAACGAGAAAGACGGAGUGGACACGGAGCUGCUAGUGUACACCAUGUCCCUCAUUAACAAGACUCUGGCAGGUCUGCCUGAUCAGGAUUCAUUCUAUGAUGUGGUGGACGUUCUGGAGGAGCAGGGCAUCGAACUCAUGACUUCACGCUACAGCACACACAGGAGCACCGAUCCUGAGCUCCGGGAGCAGAUCGGAAUCUACGAGGUAACACUUCAGCAUGAGGAUGGCGAUGACGAUGGUCAGGCCCCGCCCACAGGUUGCUGUGGAAACCUCAGGUCCACCGUGGGCAGGGCUAAGGGUCAGGGUUUAGAGAGACGCCGCAGUCGCAGGCACUCAUUGGGCAGAACGGGCCACAACUCCCCUUUAAGCCCCGCCUCCUCACAUAGGACAAACUUAAACAGGAGUGAGGAGAGAGCAUCGUCAAGUGCAUUGAAACCUCUGCCUGUCAUAGAGGAGGAGUGUGAGGAAGGGGAAGACACUCCACUUACAGAGUCAAACUCAGAUGAUGAUGAUGAUGAUGGUGGUGAUGAAGAGGGAGAAACUAAACCCUUUAGUCAGAGUGUUAUCAGUGAUCAGUCAGAUCGUCCCAGUGCAGAAGUAGAGGAAGAGAAGUGUGUGUCUGAGGGCUGUGUCAAGCCACCAUCAUUGCUAGCAUCUUUACUAGCCCAGCGCAAGUCCUCAGUCACAGUUCCACCCUGCUCUGAGAUGACUCCGCCCCUCCGUGGCUCUACCCGCACACAGGAGCUCCUCCCGUACAUCCCUCACUCUCCAUUUCAUCUCUUUUCCUAUGACAUCGAGGAGGAGGUGGAGCUAAAACAGAGGAACAGUGAAAGGCAGGCGAGAUCAUUUUCCACUCUUAGUGCUCCAUCUACUCCCACCAAACAGCAGAAUGACAGGCCUCCUCUCCUUCUGUCCUCCUCCUAUCGGCAGCAUCAGGAGUCCCUGGCAGCAGAGAGAGAGAGGCGGAGGAUUGAACGGGAGGAGAGACUACAGAGGAUAGAGAGAGAGGAGAGGAAUCGACACAGUCGGGACUAUGCUGUGAACAUGGAGGAGGCUCGAUUAGCUCGGGAGCAAAGAUUUAAAACUGCAGAAAAGUUAGCAGCGGAGGAAUACGAGCGAGAACGAGUGCGGUCAGCACCUCAUGGCUUCUCAGACAUCUGUCAAUCAUCUCAGGAUGACACACCCACUUCUGUCAUGUCACAGGAGGAUGUGGACAUACCCUCUACAUCACACCUGCCAGACGACGAGUUAGAAUCAGACUUGCUCACCAACUCAGAACCUGAACAAAAGGAUCAGGAAGAGGAAGAAGAGGAGAUCAGUGUUGAACAGGUCAUGGAAGAGGCAGCAGAAGAAAGGGAGGAGCCUGUAGAGGAAGGGGAGGAACCUGCAACGGAAGUGGAUGAGCCAGAUAACAAUACUCAGGAUGCAGAAGUGGAAGACAGUGGAAUCUUGAGUGAUAAAGAACGACAGAAUGAAGAAGUGAAUGAGAAAGAUAACUGCUCGGCGUCUAGUAUCUCAUCAUCCAGUAGCACUCUGGAGAAAGAGACAGGUCUGAGCAGUGAGCAAAGUAGAGACAUCCUAAAUAGCAAACUCUUCAUGCUGGACAUGCUCUACUCACAGAGCAUGAAACCCGGAGAGGAAGAAGAGGAAGAAGAGGCAGAGCUUGAAAAGGAAGCUGGUACACAAGAAAAUGAAAGUGUGGAGUCAGUGGUGGUGGACGGAUCUAAUGUGAGUGAUGAAAACAGCGGUGAGAAGAAGCUCGAGAGUAGAACAGUGCGAGCUUUUGCUGAACGCUUUGGAGACCUUGUCAAAGGCCUGAGCUCUCCACCAGUUGAAAUGGAGGAAGAGCAGAAGCCCCUCCCUCCACCACCAGCUCCACCCCCCAAAAAAGAGUCUGACCAUAUAUGGGAUCAACUAAUGGCAAAGCCUCAUGAGCUGCGCAUCAGAGACAUCGACUUCACAGAUUUGGGUGAUGAGGAUGAACAGGACAUCCUGGAUUCAGAAGGUUUUAUUGGGUCAGGAGCUCUGGCUCCACCUCCACCUCCCCCUCCUCCAUGCCCCUUCAACAUGACCCCUCCCCCACCCCCUCCAGCCCCUGGAGCUGGGCCAGUUCCACCUCCUCCCCCUCAGCCAGAGUGCUCGCUCUUCCAGAAGAAGAAGAAGACGAUCCGUUUGUUCUGGAGUGAAGUGAGGCCAGACGAGUGGAGGUUUCUGGGACUAAGACGGGGACACUUGUCCCUAUGGUCAAAACUGGAACCAGUGAAACUGGACAUGAGCAAACUGGAGCACCUUUUUGAGAGCAAGUCCAAGGAAAUGAAUGUAACCAAGAAAGCAGCAGUGGAUGGUAAAAGGCAAGAGAUCAUUGUCCUGGAUUCCAAACGCAGUAAUGCCAUUAACAUCGGGCUCACUGUGCUCCCUCCACCACGAACCAUCAAAUCUGCUAUACUCAACUUUGACGAAUAUGCACUCAACAAGGAGGGCAUUGAGAAGCUCCUGAUGAUGAUUCCAACUGAAGAGGAGAAGCAGAGGAUUCAGGAAGCUCACAUGUUGAAUCCUGAUAUUCCUUUGGGCAGUGCUGAGUCCUUCCUACUAACUCUUUCUUCCAUCAGUGAACUCUGUGCUCGCCUCCAUCUCUGGGCUUUCAAAAUGGACUAUGAAACCAUUGAGAAGGAAGUGGCAGAGCCUUUACAGGACUUGAAGGAGGGCAUGGAGCAGCUGGAGAAGAAUAAGACAUUCCGCUACAUCCUCUCAGCCGUGCUUGGUAUUGGCAACUUCCUCAACGGAUCUAAAGUUAAAGGUUUUGAGCUGAGUUACCUGGAGAAGGUUCCAGAGGUGAAGGACACAGUGCAUAAACAAUCUCUACUGCACCAUGUCUGCUCUGCAGUAGUGGAAAACUUCCCAGAUAGCACAGACCUUUAUUCAGAGAUUGGCGCUAUUACACGCUCUGCUAAGGUAGACUUUGACUUGCUGCAGGAGAAUCUGUCACAGAUGGAACGCCGGUGCAAAGCAUCAUGGGAAAAUUUGAAGCUGAUCGCCAAGCACGAGAUGAAACCAGCACUCAAGCAGAAGUUGACUGACUUCCUGAAGGACUGUGCAGAGAGGAUUAUCAUACUGAACACUGUACAUCGCCGCAUUAUCAACCGGUUCCACAUGUUCCUGCUGUUUCUCGGACACCCAGCGUCUGGAAUUCGUGAGAUCAGUGUUCAUCGAUUCUGCAAAAUCGUUAGUGAAUUCGCGCUGGAGUACAGAACCACAAGAGAGAGAAUACUCCAGCAAAAACAGAAACGAGCUGACCAUCGUGAAAGGAACAGAACACGCGGCAAGAUGAUCAUGGACAUCAAUGCUGUGACUGAUGAUGAAGAAGAGAUUGGGACAAGUCAGAAAGCUGGAAGCAGCUGCAGCAGUAGUGUCCCUACUGUAAGAAAAAAUGAAGUGCAGGGACUGAACCAUGAGGAAGAUGCAGCAGAGCAUGAAAAUAUGAAAGCAGUACUAAAGAGAAGCCAGCAGAGUAGCAGGACUGAGAUGUGUGGAGUACCGGGACUACGCACUAGGACAAGGGCAAGACCCAGCAGAAGUCGUACUGCGUUAGCAGCUGCAAAUGAAGAUGGCAUGCCUGAUGAUGCAGCUGACGAGAUCAUGGAACGAAUAGUACGUUCUGCUACACAGAAUUCACACGAUCGCGCCCAACCACGUGAACGGAGACGCUCGCGCGCCAACCGUAAAUCAUUGAGGAGGACAUUAAAGAAUGAUUUGACCCCAGAGGAGGCACAAGCCCUGGGUUUGGAAGCCUCUGUGAUGCAGUGAUGGCUUCAGUGACAUCGUAGAGUGACUACAGAAUGUCUCAGCAGGAACAGCAAAAACAAGCAAGACUGUACUGUUAUUUGCAAGAAUCUCUGUUUUCUGAACAUUUUAGUAAAAAAAUAUCAUUUAAAAAUUACAUUUGCAGUAUUCCUUUAAUAACAUUACUUUGGGUAAUACACCCUUUUUCAGCAACUCUUUGCUGAAUUCUUUUGAUUAGAGAGAUUUAACACAGGGAUUCUUGUUUGGUUUUAGGGAUUUUCUUUAUUUUGGAGAAUAAAUGUCUUGAAAACACUAGAAAGUGUUCAGUAUUAAAACUCAGGAAAAGUAAUGAAAUGACCCUUACAAUAACUGAGGGGAUUCAAUUGAGGGAAAGUGGACGAGGAUGCAUUAAAAUGAGUAUUGCUUUUUCACUCUCUGUAGUAUGUGGGCUUUAAGCAGUGCCUUUCAUUAAUAGCUUUAAUUCACUGUUUAUUUUUCUCUGCUUAUUUUAUUUUACUGCUUAUUUUAUCAAGCACAUUUGACCAUGUUUAUGUUUUAAUUCAUUAAAAAGAAUAACCUUGAAUGACAUUACUGUAGUAAUGUUUUGUACAAUAGGAUUGAGCUUAACCAUCCUGCACACAUUAUUUGGGAGAUUUAUGGUAAAAUUAAAGAUUUAUAUUGGUUACAUAUGAACAAAAGCCAUAUUUAUGUAUUUUUAAAGUGUAAUUUAAUGGUUGAUAUUACCUUUCAUUUCAAAUUAUUCUGAAAAAAAGACCUUGUAAUAUUUUGGUUUUGUACAAAAUUUCCAAAUGCCCUUCUUUAAUACUGUUAUGUAGUAUGUUUAUAUUUUCUAUGUAUUAUAUGCUGUUGUACUGUAUAAAUGUGUUACAUUUUAAUUUAAUGAAGAUAUUUAAAAAACCUUGCACAGUCAUGAACACAGCUGUGCUUUACGUUUACACACAGCACUUGAUAUGUACUGCAGUGCAUGGCUUUUAUUUAUUUAUUUAUUUAAAAAAUAAAAGCGAGUGUUUUUGUGCA